GGAAGGCAGGGAGGGAGACUCGGCAAAGCCCGGGCGCAAGAGGGCGAGAAGGGGAUCGGAGCCCCGGAGGGGAAGGGAAGGGAAGGAGGGGGGAUUUUUGGCGAUCCAGGAGAUUAUUUGGAGACCCAAAGGGGAAAAAAAAGAAGAGAGCGAGGGUUUUGUGGCUUCUCCUGCAAGGGAAGAGAUCCAUGGGGUCAGAACCGCCAUUUCAACCACCUCCUUCUGUCCCAGGAACCUACCUUUAAAAGCAUACAAAAAGCACAGAAACCGAGCAUGGGAGAUUCCUCCUCUGAUGCUGCGGGCGGAGGUACGAACUUCUGCGGCACGGACGCUCCAACGGAGCUUGCCGAAAGGGUAGCCACCAUCAACGUCUCCGUGGACCCCAAAGCCAUCAGCCAAAAUGGCCAGGGGACAGCUCAAGAAGAGGAAGAACUGAAGUCAACCAACGGCGCGGCUGUCAACCACCAAAGGAACGGCGUCAACGAUGAUUCGGAGACGUCGGAAGAACUGGACGGGGCUCACGAGAUGCAUCCUCCCAAGCGGGCUCCCAAGAGGCCCAUCCUGUCCGGCAGGAAGUAUUCCCUUCAAGAAAAGCCGGCCGGACAUUACUUGGCCUCUACGGAUCCCUCGGGUUUUGGUCCUUAUGCCACGGGGCCUUCCACGCACAUCUCGCCACGUAUCCUGAGAAGGCCCACGAUAGAGUCCCACCGAGUCUCCAUCUCAGACGCAGCGGAUUGCGUGCAAUUGAACCAAUACAAGUUGAAAACUGAGAUAGGAAAGGGUUCCUAUGGUGUCGUGAAGCUAGCCUAUAAUGAGAAUGAUGACCAAUAUUAUGCCAUGAAAGUUCUCUCAAAAAAAAAGUUAUUGAAGCAAUAUGGAUUUCCACGCCGACCUCCACCUCGGGGAUCGAAAGCUGCGGCCGGUGAGCAGCCGAAACCGAUGGCCCCCUUGGAUCGGAUUUAUCAGGAGAUAGCCAUCUUAAAGAAACUGGAUCAUAUCAACGUGGUCAAGCUGAUUGAGGUCCUGGAUGAUCCUGCGGAGGACAAUCUAUACAUGGUGUUUGACCUUCUCCGAAAGGGGCCAGUCAUGGAAGUGCCGUGUGAAACGCCAUUCACGGAAGAACAGGCUCGCCUCUAUUUGAGGGACAUCGUCCUGGGCAUUGAGUACUUACAUUAUCAGAAGAUCAUCCACCGAGACAUCAAGCCGUCCAACCUGCUUCUGGGGGACGACGGCCAUGUGAAAAUCGCCGAUUUCGGGGUGAGCAACCAGUUUGAGGGGAACGACGCCCAGCUCUCUAGCACUGCGGGGACCCCCGCCUUCAUGGCCCCUGAAGCCAUUUCAGAUUCGGGGAAGAGCUUCAGCGGAAAGGCCCUGGACGUCUGGGCAAUGGGAAUCACACUCUUUUGCUUUGUGUAUGGAAAGUGUCCUUUUAUGGAUGACUUUAUCCUGGCUCUUCACAACAAGAUUAAAAACAAGCCUGUAGAGUUCCCGGAAGAGCCCUGGAUCAGUGAUGAGCUCAAGGAUCUGAUUCUGAAGAUGUUGGAGAAAAAUCCUGAAACCCGGAUAACUGUCCCUGAAAUUAAGCUGCAUCCUUGGGUAACCAAGUUUGGAGAUGACCCACUUCCUUUAGAGGAGGAGCACUGCACCAUCGUGGAAGUCACUGAAGAGGAAGUGAAGAAUUCGGUCAAGACAAUCCCUAGUUUACCUGCCGUGAUUUUAGUGAAAGCCAUGCUGAGGAAACGCUCCUUCGGCAACCCCUUCGAGGCUCAAGGCCGACGCGAGGAAAGAUCCAUGUCAGCGCCGGGAGAUUUACUAAUAAAACAAGGAAGCCGGGAAGCGAUCAAAGAUCCCCACCUGCCUGAUGUGGACGAAGACGAGACAACUUCUUGAAGCUCUGAGCAUGUCACGGAGCAAUUCUUCAGUUGCUGCUGUUACUGUCACUGUUGUAACCGGUGGUGUUGUCUUGCACGCCAUGCUGUUUCCAUCAACCAAAGUUUUUGACUUGCAGGAGGAGAAAAGGGGUGUGUGUGUCAAACUAGAUGGGGAGGAGGUUGCGUAUUUCCAGCAAGUAACACAUUUUCUUCCCCAUUGACCAUCAGAUUUCUUGACGGAUGUAUGCCUCACCAAUCCGAUUGGCAAAUUUAAGUCUCUGCUUAAGUUCCAGUAACCAAUCACAGAGCACGGUGCUUGAGGGGAAGACCCGAAGGGAAAGGAAAAAUCGAUGGUGGGACAAACAGAUGUCGUUUGCCAGUUGGAGGAGCACCUCUUCCUCACACGGGCUAAGCAUAUCAUCUAGUUUGAUUCCAAGAGAGAGGUCAUCUGCACUGUACGUAGGAUUGAAGGGAAUGAACAGAUAAAAAUGAUGCCCCAAUUGGUGGAACAAGUAAGGAUACAUAGGACAGUGGCUUCUCUAUGCCCUGGGCGUAUGCAUUCAUUCACAUUGCAAGGUUUCGUGUGGCGUGCCUCAUUUUCCAAUAGUGUUUCGUGUUGUGUUUAUGUGAUUAGCGCACUCUGGUGAUUAGAGUGACGAACGCACAUCUCUUUGGUAAAGGUAGCCAAAUGUUCUUCGUUUAAGGAACUGCUCAGUUAAAGCCACCGUUUUCCAAUUUUACCCUGUAAGAUAGGCAAAUCAGGCUCGCUGUGUUUGCGCUCCGGGGGCUGCGCCGAUUCUUGCGGGCGGUGGCGAGAGCUCCUGGCUCUGAUCACUUUGUUAGGACAGGCCUCUGCGGCUAACGACCUGGCUCCUGGAGGCUCCUAGAUAGGUCCCCCAGACCACAAUCCUAUGCCCGGGGGGGGGGAGAACCUAAGACAUAACACGCAAACCAUACGUUGCUGGCAUUCGAGAAUUAGAAGGGAUCUAAAAAGGGCACCCCUUAAAACCAUUGCUUGGGAUCACACACUUUGCUGCUUGUGUAUUAGUGUCGUAACUGUGCCUUAAUUAUUAUUUUAAGCAUUUCAAGGACCCCAACGCAAGGCUGAGUAUCCAUGAUUUGAUGUGUUUCGGGGAGGGGGGCGUUUUGCUGCUUUGAAGCCUCCUCCUCCCGGUGCCUGUUCUGUGUCUGUAUUUUACAUCUCUCUCUUGUGCUCAGAUUAAGAAUAUAUGUAUAUGUGUAUAUAUAAAUCUCUCGCGCUCGUCGCCCUAAAAAAACCAAAAGCUUGAGGCCAGCUUGUUGUAAAUAAUGUAUGAUGAACAGAGAGCCUAUUUUUGAGGGGGGGGAUUUCUUUUUGCAUGUUUUUUACUCUUUAAAAGAACGAAGAGUGGAAAUGCCAAUU